GCGUAGAAGAAGAAGAAGAAGAAUACAGCUGUUAUUCUUCCCACAGUACCGUUGGCUCUUAUUUUCCAGACAGCAUCUUAUAAACACAACACUUGAGAAUCGGGGCUGCCGGUAUCACUUUUGGCGAAUCAAGAAAACCGCACCUUCAUGUGUUUGCUGCAGGGUUCAUGAUGGCAGGCAGGGGCAGGCUGGUGCCCUGUAUGUGUCUGGGGCUGUUUGGUGUCCUGUGCUGGGUUUGGGUCUCCUUCGCCUCCUUUCCAGACGAGCAGCUUCCCUUCGAGGCCUUGGAUGCAGUGGACCGAGCAGCCUUUCAGCCCCAGAGUGCUCUAUCAGAGAUGCACUUUGCCUCCAUCAGCUCAUACGCAGGACCUGGCAACACUGACCGCCGCAGCAACAAAGAACUACCCAUUCUCCUCUGGUGGAGUGCAGGAUUGUUCCCACAUUUUCCUGGUGACACUGAACGCAUUGACUGUGGGACAUCCUCCUGCCUGGUGACAAGCAACCGCAAGGUCCAGCUGUACAAACGGACGGCAUCCAUCAUCUUUUAUGGCACAGACUUCAGGGCGUAUGAGGCGCCGCUCCCACGUCUCCGCCACCAGACCUGGGCACUGUUCCAUGAAGAGUCGCCCAUGAAUAACUACUUCCUCUCCCAUGGCCCCGGAAUAAGGCUGUUUAACUACACAGCCACGUUUCGUCGGGAGUCAGACUAUCCAUUGACCCUGCAGUGGCUGCCCUCUCUGGACUAUCUGCUGGAGCCCGUGACAGUGUCUCUGGAUGAGAAGAACCAGCUGAGGAAAGAGGGCCUGGCUCCUGUGCUCUACAUGCAGUCUCACUGCGAUGUGCCGUCGGACAGAAACAGAUACGUCCAGGAGCUCAUGAAGUACAUUCAGGUGGACUCUUAUGGGAAAUGCCUGAACAACAAACCUCUGCCUGGACAUCUGGAGGACACGGCCACAGCUACCGGCGAAGACCGCAGCUUCAUGACUUUUGUGUCCCGUUACAAGUUUCACCUGGCUCUGGAGAACGGCCUGUGUCCAGAUUACAUGACAGAGAAGCUGUGGCGGCCCCUCCAUCAGGGCUGCGUGCCCGUCUACAAAGGCUCGUCUGUGGUGGCAGACUGGAUGCCCAACGACCACUCCGCUAUUAUCAUCGAUAACUUCCCCUCACCCAAAGCUCUCGCUGACUUUCUCAAACAUCUGGAUGAAAAUGAUGACGAAUAUGCAAAAUACUUAGAGUUUAAGAACUUCAAAAGCAUUACCAAUGCUCGUCUGCUGGAGGCUCUGAAGACCCGAGAGUGGGGCGUUAAUGACAUGAGUAAACCAAACUACCUGAAUGGAUUUGAAUGUUAUGUGUGUGAUCAGGAGAACGCAAGAUUGGCAGCAGAACGAGCGUAUAAGAGAGCACCUACAAAGAUCAAACCACCUCAGCCAAAAAUGGCCAACAACUCUCACAUGGGGUGCCCCCUGCCGCGCCCGGGGAACGGAGAUGUCAAAGACUUACCGGCAGAUGAUGAAUGGUUGCAAAUAUGGCCGCAGGAUUACUGGCAGAGCCUGGACCAAGCGGAGGGGCUGGAGUCUCUGAUAAGACAUAACGAGUCGGACCCUUCGCUCCUGUGGAAGCACAUCCAAAGCAUUGCUGUGAGCAGAGCCAGAGGAAAACACUGACACAGGCCUGGAAACAAACAGAGGAUGGCGCACGUCCAGGAUAACAGGGGUGUCCCAUAUUAUGCAUCCCUGUGGUUGAAAUGGGAGAUAUGGUGCAGAAACGACUCAUAUUUCUACACCUGAGCCAAAACCCUUUUACCCUGACAAACAGUUUAGUUACACUCUAACAGAUUUUAUUCAAACUCAGCUGACAUGAUAGUUUUCUCCUCAAUCCCAAGUCCAAAUGGGAAAUAAUGUAAACGAGUGCAAUAUGCCACCAUUAUAAAGUUGUUUUAUUACUAUAACAGAGGGGCCAUCUCUGCUUGUACUCUGCUUUGCAUUGUUAACAUUAACUGCAUGCGGUGCAGUUGUUCCACAGAGGCACAUUCUCACAGGAGGAAGCUUUUCAUGGUACUGGGGCAGAGCCAGAGACGUGUCCUCAGCACCAAGGGAGCUCUGCCUAACUGUGUGUGAAGACCAUCACGACAGAAGCCACUGAGCUGCAUUAGCUCCUUUACAGUUGCUCUGCAGGCCCUGAUGGUUAUUAGCUUAAGGGGCAUUUAAUGUACACUGCUUUUAAAACGACUAUGCAAGGAAAAUAUCAUUCCGCCAAGAAGUGUAAGAGUGAGCAAACGUAGAGUUAAGCUCAACUCCCUGUGGACAAGCUGCUCUGAGUUAGGAAAGAAACGCUCAGGAACGGCUCAUCGGAUGAAAUUCUGUGCACAGACUCUUUAUGACAUUGCCUAUAAUUGUGUUUUGUUUCAUGAUUCCGAUCGUGUUAAUGUGCAAUAACUUUUUUUUUUAUUAUUGUGCUUUUUUUAAAAAACUUGUUACUGCUCAAGCCUCCAUGACAGCUCUGUGUUCCAACUAGCACACUGUCUUUGUACCACAUAUUUAUACCAGGGUUAUAUAAAUCAUUUUAUUUUCUUAACAAAGCAUUGUACAUGUUAACUCACUGUUUUUUUAUAAGGAAGAAGAAAAAAAAAAGAUGUAGACAUUUUGUAACAAAGUUAUUUUCUUGUAUAACUAGUGCUGCUAAAAUAUAAGAUAGUACCCCACUCGCUUGUAUUAGUCUGCUAUAUGUUGCACAGACACAUCCUUCAUAGUUUACUGAGGCAGAUACAGCUUUCACCACCAAGAAAAAAAACAAAAA